AGCCGAGCGGCGCCCGCCUGCGCGUGCGCCUCUGGAUCGGCCUGCACCGAGCGCCGCGCCAGUGCUCCGCCUCGCGCCCGCUGCGGGGAUUCGUCUGGGUCACCGGUGACCAGGAGGGUCAGUUCACCAACUGGCUGCGCGAGGAGGCGCCGGGCGCGUGCGCGGCGCCGCGCUGCGUGGCCAUGACGGUGAAUACGGCGGACGGCGCCCGCCUCAACGCCGAAGACGCCGCCGGCAACUUCAAGUGGCUGGACGGCUCGUGCGGGCUGGCGCUGGACGGCUUUGUGUGCCAGUACCCCUCCAGGGGCAUGUGCCCGCCCCUGGAGGACGAGGGGCAGGGCCCGGCCGUGUACUCCACACCCUUCCAGCUGAUCAGCCGGGUUCUGAGCCACGUGCCGUUGGGCUCGACGGCCGCCCUCACGUGUCCGGCCGAGGUCGACGCCGACGGCGAGCAGACGGUGCUGUGCGCGCAGCGAGACGACGGCUCGGUGGGCUGGUCCCGGGACGCCCCCCUAUGCGGGCCGCCCGACCGGGACCCGUGCGGCGGCGGCGACCACGGGUGCCAGCAGCACUGUCAGAACACCGACUCGCACUACUACUGCUACUGCUCGGAGGGAUACGCCCUCGCCGAGGACGGCUACAACUGCGAGCCGGACCCCAUGGGCCCCACCGACCCUCCGGAGCUUUUCUCUUCAGACGGCGCCGUUACCGCCGCCGAGCCCAGCGUGCCGCCGCGCGUCAAAGCGGCGUGCGCGGCCAUGGGAUGCGAGUACGACUGCGCGGAGACGCCUCGGGGAGUCCGCUGCACGUGUCCUCCCGGGUACCAGAUGGGCCCCGACGGGCGGCGCUGCUCCGACGUGGACGAGUGCCUGCAGCGGCCGUGCCCGCAGGCGUGCGUCAACGUGCCCGGAACCUUCCACUGCGCCUGCCUCGACGGCUAUCGAGCCGACGACGAGGGCGAAUGCGUGGACGUGGACGAGUGCGAGGACGAGGGCAGCUGCGAGGGCGCCUGCCGGAACACCGAGGGCUCCUUCGUCUGCGCCUGUCGCCACGGCUACCGGCUGGCGGCCGACGGCGCGUGCCAGGACGUGAACGAGUGCGUGGGGGCGUCGCCCUGCCAGCAGCAGUGUCUCAACUACCAGGGCGGCUACCAGUGUUACUGCGAUGACGGCUACGAGCUGCGGGCCGACGGACUCGGCUGCCUCCCGGCGCCCGCCGACGAAGGAUACUCCACGCGCACCCCGGAGCUCACCGACCCGGCCCACCUACCGGACCGGGGCCACGACGGCCCGCGCACCGCUCGGCCCAGCCUUGACGCGCAGUGGCUGACGGCCGCCCCCGAAGACUCCGGCGAGCGCCUGAACCGAUGGGACGCUCCUUCGUCCGGGCGGUACCGGACGGAGCGGCCGCCCGAGACGGGGCGGGGCGACGGCGAGGGAAUCGGCCCGACGGCCGGAGGGCAAGAAGGUGAAGGCCAAGGCGGCGGCGACAAGAGCAAGCAUGACAAGAGCUGGCUGCUGGUGGCGUUGCUGGUCCCGCUGUGCGUGUUCCUGGUGGUGAUGUUGGCGCUGGGCAUCGUCUACUGCACCAGCUGCGCCGUGGACAAGAGCAUGCGCCUGACGGAAUGCUGCCGCUGGAUCCUCCCCGCGCCCGACCCCGACAGCGCCCGGUGCAAGGGACCAGCGGGACGCUGAAGGGAACGCCGUCCCGUGACGUGCAUGGUCACGUCUCACAUCUGCGGCAUGCUCGUCACGUAACGUGCGAACGCGCGUCACGUGACGAUGUCUCAUGAACAGGUCGCAGGAGCACUCCACAUGACCGUGUCACGAGGUCAUCCCGCAGCCUCACCCGACGAGUCGUGGCAUGCUCAUGUGACGUGCCUCACGUGCGUCACGUGACAAUAUUUCAUGACCAUGCCGCAGGGACAGAACGUUUCGUCGUGCAACAGGGUCACGUGAUGUGGUCAGGUGACGUGCUCACGGGUCACGAUCGUAUGACCUCGCUCACGUCGCGUUGGUCCUGACACGUGGCACGGUCAUGCGGCGUCGGCCUCUCAACAUUUGACGUGGUCGUGGCAGUCACGCCGCAAGACUGUGCAAUGUCACAUGGUCACGCCGGUCAUGUGACAAUUGCUCAUGUGACCUGGUCACGUGACCUUGGUCAUGAGAGAUUGGUCAUGCGAUGUGGUGAUGUGACGUGCUUAUGAGACAUCAGUCAUGUAGCAUGUUGGUGUGACAUUGGCCAUGACGGAUUGGUCAUGUGACAUGGCCAUGUGAUAUGGUCGUCAGUCAGCCUUACUUUCUGUCUCUUGCACAACUUUUGUAAAUAAAUCACUUCCAUUCCACUUUGAAAAACAAUAAAAGUGACUUCAAC